AUGUGGACGCCGAUCCUUAAGGACUUUGCCCGUCGUCUCUCUCCGAUCCGCGCCCGCGAAGCGUUCGCGCGUCUGACGCCGUCCCAUCCCUCCUUUCCGUUAAAAAAGGUCACCGUCCGCGCGGCCGCGCCGUCCACGCGCACGAUCGAAGAAGAAGUCGCCCUCGACGAAGCCCCGCUCACGCUCCUGCGCGAGGGCGGCGGCGACGACGCCGGAUCCAUGCGCGCGAAAUUCGAGAAGAUGAUUCGCGCCGCGCAAAACGAGAUCUGCUCCGCGGUCGAGGAGCUCGACGGCCAGAAGUUCCAAGAGGACGCGUGGACGCGCCCGGGCGGCGGCGGCGGCAUCUCCCGCGUCCUCCAGGGCGGCAACGUCUUCGAGAAGGCGGGCGUGAACGUCUCCGUGGUGUACGGCCAGAUGCCCCCGGAGGCGUAUCGCGCCGCGACGGGAGAGCAGGGCUCGGGCAAAGAGAUGAUCCCCUUCUUCGCCGCGGGCAUCUCCUCCGUGAUGCACCCGCACAACCCGAUGGCGCCCACGGUGCACUUCAACUACCGGUACUUCGAGACGGACGCGCCGGAGGGCGCGGAGGCGGCGCCCAGAGCGUGGUGGUUCGGCGGCGGCACGGAUCUCACCCCGUCGUACGUCUUCCCGGAGGACGCCGCGCACUUCCACGGGACGCUCAAAGACGCGUGCGAUAAGCACGACGAGGCGUUCUACCCGCGGUUCAAGGAGUGGGCGGACGAUUACUUCAUCAUCAAGCAUCGGAUGAACGAGCGACGGGGGAUCGGCGGCGUGUUUUUCGACGACAUGAACGACCGGCCGCAGGAGGAACUUCUCGCGUUCGCCACGGACAUGGCCGCCGCGGUGGUCCCGGCGUACGUCCCGCUCGUCGCGAAGCACAAGGACGACGAGUUCACGGAGCAACAGCGGGAGUGGCAGCAGAUGCGUCGCGGGCGGUACGUCGAGUUUAACCUCGUGUACGAUCGCGGCACGACGUUUGGCUUGCGCACGGGCGGUCGGAUCGAGUCGAUUCUCAUGUCGCUUCCGCUGACGGCGAGGUGGCAGUACGACAUGCAGCCGGAGGAGGGGUCGCGCGAGGCGGACGCGCUCGACGCGUUCAGGAACCCGCGGACGUGGUUGGCGUGAGCGAUGACGCGUCGUGCGUGAGAAACGCGGCGGCGGACGCGGCGGCGGGAGAGAAGAAAGAGGAUGAAGAAGAGGAGAGAGAAGAGAACGGGUGGCGGGGAGGCGUCGAUGAAACUGAAUGAUUUUUGGCGACGGAUGGACGCGCCGCGCGGUCGCGCGCGGCGAUCAAAGUUGUUGUUAAUACGAACGAAUGGCGACGUGUUCGAAGGUUGAGUGUUAAAGAAAAUCUUUAAAUAUUUAAAUCUUUAUCACUUUCGAUUGAAAAACAAAAC